GGCGGCGCGCGCCUGGCUGGGCCCUGCUGAGCAGGAGGGACUGAGCUAGGAGCGAGCCGAGCGGCCGUCGCCCGAGUGGAGCCGCUCCGCCAGCCCGCCGCCCGCCAGCCUGCGCUCCAGUCCGCCGUGUCUAGCAGCGGGGCCCAGCAUGGUCAUGGCGGAUGGCCCGAGGCACUUGCAGCGCGGGCCGGUCCGGGUGGGGUUCUACGAAAUCGAGGGCACGCUGGGCAAGGGCAACUUCGCCGUGGUGAAGCUGGGGCGGCACCGGAUCACCAGGACGGAGGUGGCAAUAAAAAUAAUAGAUAAAUCUCAGCUGGAUGCAGUGAACCUUGAGAAAAUCUACCGAGAAGUACAAAUAAUGAAAAUGUUAGACCACCCUCACAUAAUCAAACUUUAUCAGGUAAUGGAAACCAAAAGCAUGUUGUAUCUUGUGACAGAAUAUGCCAAAAAUGGAGAAAUUUUUGACUACCUUGCUAAUCACGGCCGGUUAAAUGAGUCCGAGGCCAGGCGCAAAUUCUGGCAAAUCCUGUCUGCUGUUGAUUACUGUCACGGUCGGAAGAUUGUGCACCGUGACCUCAAGGCUGAAAAUCUCCUGCUGGAUAACAACAUGAAUAUCAAAAUAGCAGAUUUCGGUUUUGGAAAUUUCUUUAAAAGUGGUGAACUGCUGGCAACAUGGUGUGGCAGCCCCCCUUAUGCAGCCCCAGAAGUCUUUGAAGGGCAGCAGUAUGAAGGACCACAGCUGGAUAUUUGGAGCAUGGGAGUCGUUCUUUAUGUCCUUGUCUGUGGAGCUCUUCCUUUUGAUGGACCGACGCUUCCAAUUUUGAGGCAGAGAGUUUUAGAAGGAAGAUUCCGGAUUCCAUAUUUCAUGUCAGAAGAUUGCGAGCACCUUAUUCGAAGGAUGUUGGUCCUAGACCCGUCCAAACGGCUAACCAUCGCUCAAAUCAAGGAGCAUAAGUGGAUGCUUGUAGAAGUUCCUGUGCAGAGACCUGUUCUCUAUCCGCAAGGGCAAGAAAAUGAGCCGUCCAUUGGGGAGUUUAAUGAACAGGUUCUGCGACUCAUGCAUGGCCUUGGAAUAGAUCAACAGAAGACCGUUGAGGCCUUGCAGAACAAGAGCUAUAACCACUUUGCUGCCAUUUAUUACUUGUUGGUGGAGCGCCUGAAAUCACAUAGGAGCAGUUUUCCUGUGGAGCAGAGACUUGAUGCCCGCCAGCGGCGGCCCAGCACCAUUGCUGAACAAACAGUUGCCAAGGCACAAACUGUGGGGCUCCCAGUGACCGUGCACUCGCCAAACGUGCGACUGAUGCGAUCUGCCCUCCUCCCACCGGCAUCCAACGUGGACGCCUUUGCGUUUCCAGCCUCAGGCUGUCAGGCGGAAGCAGCCUUCAUGGAGGAAGAGUGCGUGGACACGCCAAAGGUAAACGGCUGUCUGCUGGACCCUGUGCCUCCCAUCCUGGUGAGGAAGGGGUGCCAGUCUCUGCCCAGCAACAUGAUGGAGACCUCCAUCGACGAAGGACUGGAGACGGAAGGAGAGGCCGAAGAAGACCCCAGUCAGGCCUUCGACACCUUCCAGUCCACGCGCAGCGGACAGAGGCGGCACACUCUCUCGGAGGUGACCAACCAGCUGGUCAUGAUGCCUGGUUCAGGAAAAAUUUUCUCCAUGAGUGACAACCCCUCCCUGGACAGUGUGGACUCUGAGUAUGACAUGGGGUCUGUUCAGAGGGACCUGCACUUUCUUGAGGACGACCCCUCCCUGAAGGACAUCAUGGUAGCCAACCAGCCCUCGCCCCGCAUGACGUCUCCCUUCGUGAGCCUGAGACCUGCCAACCCAGCCAUGCAGGCUCUGAGCUCCCAGAAACGCGAGGCCCACAACAGGUCUCCAGUGAGCUUCAGAGAGGGCCGCCGGGCAUCGGACACCUCCCUCACCCAAGGAAUCGUAGCAUUCAGACAACAUCUUCAGAACCUGGCUCGAACCAAAGGAAUCCUAGAGUUGAACAAAGUUCAGUUGCUGUAUGAGCAGAUGGGGUCAGAGGCGGAGCCUAACCUGGCCCCACCUGCCCCGCAGCUCCAAGACCUGGCCAGCACUUGCCCUCAGGAGGAAGCUUCCCCGCAGCAGAAGAGCAUGUCGGUGCUCCCAGGCAGCGUGCACCCCCAGCUCUCCCCGAGGCCCAGCCUGGAAGCCCAGUACCUGCAGCACAGGCUCCAGAAGCCCAGCCUUCUGUCAAAAACCCAGAACACCUGUCAGCUUUAUUGUAAAGAAGCACCACGGAGCCUUGAACAGCAGCUGCAAGAACACAGACUCCAACAGAAGCGGCUCUUCCUCCAGAAACAGUCUCAGCUGCAGGCAUAUUUUAAUCAGAUGCAGAUAGCAGAACGCUCGUACCCACAGCCCCUUCCCCACCAGGAGCCGCCCCCGCCGUCGCAGCCGCCGCCCUUCGGCCUCCCCCCGCCCCUGAGCCCGGUCCUGGAGCCCGGCCCCGAGCAGAUGCAGUACAGCCCUUUCCUCGGCCAGUACCCGGAGAUGCGGCUGCCGCCCCUGCCCUCCUCGUCGGGCCCUCGGGCCGCACCUCCACUGCCCCUGCCCCCGCCGCCCGCUCCGCCGUCGGGCGCCGCCCCGGCGCCCCUACCGUUCUCCUAUCAGACUUGCGAGCUGCCGGGCGCGGCCUCCCCUGAGCCGGACUUCCCCGCUCCCGGUCCCUACCCCCUGGAUGGAGCCCCGCAGAGCGGCGUGGCAGCGCCGGACCGUCCCAGGAGCUCCGGACCGCAGGAGGCCCCCUCUGGCUACCACCCGCUGGCCCUCUCCGAGCCCCCUGGACUCUUCGAUUGCGAAAUGCUAGAAGCCGUGGACCCCCCGCACGGCGGCUGCGUCCUGGUGAACUAACCUCAGCACAGGAAGUGAGGCGGCUCAGGUGAAGAAAGAGUGUGGAUUUCUAUUUUUACUCCAGCCUUUUAAAUUUGAAGCUCAUUUUCCUGCCCUUUCCCUAGUGGGGGAAAAAAAAUCAAGUCGCCCAACUGGCAUCCGAGGGCCUUGUCCGGUGGCUCUCACCUCCUUCCUGGCCGUCCCACCACGGUUUUCUGUGGCAAGUGCUGGACCAUAGUUUUAGGCUGCAGCUUGUGCCCUCAGGUCAGGUGGAGCGAGCACUCAUCAGAGGAACCAACAAAAGUUUUUGUAAGAAGUGGAUAUCCAGACCUAGGUUUUACGUCGAACUGUUAUCAAUUCAUUAUCGAGGGAACCUUGGUGAAAACAGGAACAAAUGUGUGCCAUGACACGUAGCACCCCCUCCCCCCAAAAAAGGCAAUAUAUUUUUCACUGAAGCCAAGCAAUAGCAUGCUCCUUAAAGGCAAAUCAAGAAUACAUAUUGAAAUGUGAUGCACAGGAAAUAAAGGAAAGCUGUACUUUGUCAUUGAAUUGUAAGUUCUGAGCUGCUGAUGCAAGUUGUCCCCAAGACCACUGCAAAGCGUUAGAGCGAAAGCUUUGUUUCAGGGGCCACUAGAUAACAGUGGGUACUGACCCCUGAGACUGGCAGUCGCCUUCACCUGAGAACAGGUGACAGACCUCUUCGGACAGUGCCCUGGGGUACAGAGUGUCCUCAGGGCUCCAAAGACGUCGCCAGUGGAACUGAGAGACAUACUGCGGUGGAGACCAGGGGCAGGAAACUCAAGAACCCACCGAGAGCAGCAGCCCUGGGCCAGGGAAGGCGGGCUCUUCCCGCACAUCUUCCCCUGAGACUUCUGGUUUGGGGCCGUUGUUUUUUCGAGGACCUGGCGUCUCUUUUAAAUGUAAUGACUACUUUGACUUUACCCUAGAUGUUGCUGGUCGUUUACUGAGCUGUGUAUAUCCGGACAGUUUCAUAUAGGGCUUAGAAAUCUUAAGGACGAGGAAAAUGAACUUUUAUCUCCCAUGUGAAGUGGUAGUGCUGUGCCUUUUCCCCCCAGAUCAUGCUUUAAUGAUUUCUUUUCUGUAGAAACCAACAGUUUUCCAUUUAUGUCGAUGCUAAAUCCAAAGUCACUUCAGAGUCUGUUUCCACCAUGUGGGAAUUACAUCCUUAAUUUCCUUAGAGUUCUGACUUGUAAUGAAAUGUUCAAGUAUUACAGCAAUAUUCAAAAAACCACAGAUGUGUUAACCAUUUAAGCAGAUCAUCUGCCAAACACGUGAUAUUACUAGAAAAACUUAACCCUUACAAUUCAGUCAUCAGAGUAAGUACACAAUGGAUGCUACUGCUAGUUGACGGUAUCCCUAGAAGGGAUGAAUCACCUGUCGUUUGGACAGGGACAUCCGAGUGUUACAAAUUCAGUAUUAUUUACAAAGACUCUUGUUUCGGUCCUUUCGGAUGGCUUGUCCUGUCAGCAGACGAAUGCGUGAAGCACAAAGCAUCUUCCUUAAAGCACAAAGAAGAGAGAUACUACACUGAUGCUGCAUCUAGAAAACACCUUUAAGUUGCCUUUCCUCUUUGUAGUACGUGUCCAGGCAGGUGAGGAGAAGCGUGGAAGGUCUAAGGAGUUCUGUUCUGGCUCGAGGACGCGCCGCAGAGGCCCUGGCUUGGGGCUGCGCUCUGGCUGUGAGCAAGAAAGGGUGGUGUUGAGGACGCGCUUUUGUGAUUUGACAGCAUGCAGCAAGGAUCCAGGAAGAGUCAGGUUCCUUCUUUGGUCUCUUUAUUCCUCCUCAUGCUUAAGAUGGAUGAUUGCGUGAAAGAGACAUCACGUAAGAGAUCCUUUCAUUAAGAUGUCUAAUCUGUUUUAAGUCUUUGCAAAAUAAGCCAGUUAUAAAAUAGGGCUUGGUUUGUUUAGACUAAAGGAUGUUUUCCCAGAAUAUUCUACAGAAGCGCUAUAAUACUUAUGAAAUUAAAAUGCCUACCAGCUCAUUUCAGAGUCGCAGGAAUGGCUGAGCUACAGGUGGACAUAGAGGCUGCUGCCCACGGGGCCCCGGGCCACUUAGCCCAGGAAAGCUGACAGAUGAAGCAGCGGGGAGGAUGUGGGGGUUCAAGGCCGGGAGAUGGACACGGGGCACACCCUGGGGCGGGGGACCCACACACCGCAGGGCAGGCCCUCACCUGGGGAACAGCGUGAGCCCUGUUGGACUGUGUUGGAAGCUGCCGUUUGCUUUUCUCCUUUACUCGAAGCAGAAAUCAAGGGAUUCCCUAACCAUCUGUAUUCGCUGAGAUGCAAGCUCACGGUGAGAGGAGACUGGUUCUGUUGGCCAGUCAGGCGUUUCCCGCCCCGUCUGGUCAUCCCCGUUGCUCUGACCCCUGACUAGGGACCUGUGUGCACCUCCGAGCGGUUUUCUCUUCACAAAUACGAAAGUAACACUAAGAAGGCUUAGUACUACGCUUUUUAUGAGAGGUCCUCUGAAAUACUGACUUGCUUUCCGGUCUGUUUCCCAUGAGCGGUGUGUACACUACUGUAUGAUACCCUUGAGCUUUAUGAUCUUGUAAACCAGGCUCCUCUGAAGAGACUUUGGUGAGAUGAACGUGAGGUAAAAAUGUCAUUCAGCAAAAAGUGCAAUAUGUGUGGUACUUUA